AUGCCACGAAGUUCUUUCGAGGGCGGAUCUGAAGCCCCCACAGUAGCAGCGAGCGCUUCAAGUAUAGCAGAUAGGGAAAAGGAUAUCGACGCAUAUUCAGUGAGGGAAAAUACGUCACAACCUGUCACAAGUCAUACCAUGGACAGAACCGCACAGCCAUUGGCCCCAGUGCCCACAGAAGCCGAAAAGGUGAUCGAGUUGACAACACAGGUAACGGCGAAUUCACAAUCUGCGAACACCAUUAGAGAAGUGCAGACUCGGGAGGAUGGGGUUCAAUAUCCUACGGGAAUGAAACUCUUUCUCAUUAGUCUAGCACUGUGUCUGAGCGUCUUCCUGAUUGCCCUGGAUAAUUCCAUCAUUGCAACCGCUAUCCCCAAGAUCUCCGAUGACUUUCACAGUCUUUCGGACGUAGGUUGGUAUGGAAGUGCCUACCUCCUCACGACAGCAGCUUUGCAGCUUAUGUUUGGAAAGUUCUACACUUUCAUGAGCAUCAAGGCAGUCUACCUCAUCGCUAUCACAAUCUUUGAGGUUGGUAGCUUGAUCUGUGGUGUUGCACAAAAUUCUGUCACGCUCAUCGUUGGACGUGCCGUGGCGGGUAUGGGGUCGGCCGGUAUUUUCUCUGGUGCCCUUUUGAUCCUCGCGCAUAGCGUGCCGCUUCCUAAGCGACCAAUGUAUACUGGUCUCAUCGGAGGCAUGUAUGGCAUUGCUUCCGUUGCUGGUCCUCUGCUGGGGGGCGUUUUCACCGACAAGGCGACUUGGCGAUGGUGUUUCUUCAUCAACCUUCCAAUCGGCGCCAUCACUCUUGUCGUCAUCUUCUUCUUUUUCCCGGACCCCAAGACGGACAAGCCGAAGGACGAGUCUUUUCUCGAAAGAGCCAAGCACUUUGACCCAAUCGGAACUCUUGUUUUUAUGCCCGCCAUCAUUUGUCUACUUCUAGCUCUGCAGUGGGGUGGCACUACAUAUGCCUGGAACAGCGGUCGCAUCAUUGCCCUCUUCGUCUUGUUCGGCGUUCUCAUUAUUCUAUUCUUGUUCAUACAGUAUCGCCAAGGUGAAGAUGCUACUGUACCGCCACGUAUUCUCAAAAACCGCUCUGUCUGGGCCGGAAGUCUGUAUGCAUUCGGCACGGGCUCGUCAUUCUUCUUGCUCGUUUACUACAUCCCGAUCUGGUUCCAAGCCGUCCAGGGCGUUUCUGCUGUCAACUCGGGCAUCCGAAAUUUGCCAAUGCUUCUCGCUGUUGUGGUUGCUUCAAUCUUUGCUGGUGGUAUGGUGACUGCGCUGGGUUACUACGCGCCGUUCAUGAUUGCUGGCACUGUAUUGAUGUCCGUUGGUGCUGGUCUUCUCUCAACGUUUAGUCCCUCAACUGCUUCGGGAGCAUGGAUUGGAUACCAGAUUAUUUUCGGUAUCGGUGUCGGUCUUGGUAUGCAACAACCGAUGAUGGCAGUACAAACAGCGCUUGACAUCAAGGAUAUUCCUACAGGGUCCUCAGUUGUGGUAUUUCUACAAACGCUGGGAGGAGCACUGUUUGUCAGCGUUGCUCAGUCUGUCUUCACCAACCAGCUAGUCGCCUCGCUUCAAGAGAACGUGCCGACCUUGGAUCCUAAAGUUAUUUUGGUCACUGGUGCCACCAAUCUUCAAAAUACCGUCCCGGCAGAGCUGCUCAGCGGCGUGGUCGCUGCGUACAGUACAGCUUUGACUAAAUCCUUCGUGGUUUCGGUUGGUUUGGCUGCAUUCACAAUUGUCGGCAGCGUUUUUAUACCUUGGAAGAGUGUCAAGGGCAAGAAUGUCGAGAUGGGUAUGGCUGCUUAG